AUGAACCGGCGCGUGUGGGUCGACUGGUUUAAAGUCAUAGUGUCUGCUCUUAACAUUGUCUUAUGGUUGAACCUCAGGUCAGGAGGUGAAAGAACGAGUUCAUAUUUCAAGAUUAAGCAGUCACCUAGUAUCCAAGUAGUCAGUUUAUUAGUUCCUACAUCUCAGGCGUGCGUGCGACCUAAUUGCAACGCAGUAGUUCCCGGCACAAUAGGCAGCGCGUGCCGUAUCGCGCCGUGCGUGCGUCGUGUCGCACUCGUGUCGCCCCCUGUCGCCCCCUGCCGCCUCGCACCGGAUCCCCGUUAUAAGUGCUAUAAAUGUUUAUUACUCCAAUUUAGGCCAGGAUUGAGAUCGGGAGUGAGGACGGUGGACGUGCAGGCGGUGGAGGGCAUGGUGGCGCAGUUCCCGUGCGACCUCGGCACCGCCGCCAACGACAAGGUCUACAUGGUGUUCUGGUUCAGAGACGACGCCGGGAUACCGCUGUACAGUCUGUUCAAAAUUCCGGACACAAUCUUUACUUCAAAGAAACUAUUUUCAAAAGAAAGUGCUCUUAUCAGUACUUGUAGGUCUAUAAAAGUUUGCGAAGGAAAGGAAACUCAAAAGUGGAGCAAAUCUGGUUCGUCUGCGACCGUCGGUACUCGACAGCUGUGA